CACGCGGGUCAGCUGGCCUCUGGGCCAAGUCUGAUUGGACCCCGCCCUUCCCGGAGGCGCGCACCCAGCCACCCCCCCGCCCCCCGAACGCGAAGGACGAGGGGUGCGGGCCCGGCCGCCCCAAGCGGAGCUCGGCAGUGCCAGCCCCUGCGCCGAGAGCGCACGUCCACUGUGACCCCGCACACAGCGGCCCCAGGGCAUGGCAGGCGCCAGGCGCCACCUCAGACAUGAAGCUGGGGGAGGUGGGAGGGCCGAGGAUGGGGGCCCUGAGAGACGGGGGCGGAGGGGGGGGUGCUGCCCACAGGCCCCUGGACCAGAGCGAAACUGUAGUUUCAAAAAUAAGCCCGAAAUGUCACUUGUCUAUGAAACUCAUGUUGCCAAUAGUGAAAUAAGUUUUAUUGGCAAAGGUAUGCAAACCAAACAUUUUUUAUCAGUUAAAAAUACAGUAAACCUCCGGGCAGAGCAGCAUGCUCACUAAUACCCUGGUCUCUCUGCGGGGAAGAGGCUCAGGUCACCAUGCAGGCCUCUCCCUCCGCUUCAAAGCAGUGGCUUUGAGACUGUGGGUGACGGCCAGGCACCAGACCAUCUGCGGCCCUGACCCAGGCUCCUGUCCUGCAUUCUGGUGACCUGCUGGCUCCCCGAGGGCCAGGACAUGCCCCAGAUGGGUCAAGGCUGAAUCAGCCGGGCUGGCAGUGUCUCUGGGAGCCUAGGCCUGGCCACCGCCCAUCCAGGAAAGGAAGGGUGGGUGGCCGCGGUGCUGCGGGAGCUGGGGCCUCCUGGCAUCUUGGGAACCCCGUCUUUGAGCCCCGCCCGAGGCCCCGCCCCUCCCCAGGAGGAAAAAGGCAGCUACCAGAGGCUCGGCUCACACGCGCGGGGACCAGGACAGGAGGACAGCUCGCCGCCAUCUCCGCUCCAGGCAGGGCCAUGGACCCCCAUGAGAUGUUCGUCAAGAACCCAUAUGCCCACAUAAGCAUCCCGAGGGCUAACCUGCGGCCUGAGCUGGGGCAGCAGCUGAAGGCGAGCCCGUCCUCUGCAGAGUCGCAGCCUCUGCCUGUGCGGUCCUGCACCCUGGAGCCUCCAGAGGAGGGCGCCAAGGGGGCUGCCUCCAUUUGGGGCCAGCCGGCCUGUGAGCAGCCCUGCAGGCCCUGUGGCAGCGGGCGGCGCCCAGCAGGACUGGCCUACGCCGGCCCGCCGCCCGUCGGGCGCGGCGACGACAUUGCCCAUCACUGCUGCUGCUGCCCCUGCUGCUCCUGCUGCCACUGCCCCCGCUUCUGCCGCUGCCACAGCUGCUGCUGCGUGGUCUCCUAG